GUCAAGAGCGACCAAAACAAACCAUGACGGCCGAGCAGAGGAGCUGAAAAGCCCGGAUUAAUCGUGGGAAUUGACUUCAUUUGACAGUUGUCGUAGAGUUAUUGGUUUUUUAUAUUUACUGAUGCAUCUUAUACUGUCUGACUUUUARUGAGAAUCUAUAAAUUGUCUGUUUACCAGAUGAAAACUAUCUGACUAUCAGAGUGACAAACGACUUUUCCCAGCCUUUUAAACAAGUUUUGCUGGAGCUCACCGCCCACAGAGUUUCACAAGGCAGAACCAAUUUUGACUUAUGCCAACAGGUUAUUGUCUAUUGUUAAUAACAUGCGGAGAGUGGUUAAGUGCCAACGCUGUAAUCGUUAAAGUCAACUAUUCUUAUUGCUAACAACUAGCUUAGCUUCAGGAUGAGUUGGUUCAACGCUUCUCACCUGUCCACCUUCGCUAAACAAGCUUUAACAACAGCCCAGAAGUCAAUUGACCGUGUUCUGGACAUCAAAGAGGAGGACCAGUGGGGUGACACAACUAUAAUGCCCUAUGACGAUGUUACUGUACCCGGCAAGCUUUCAGUCAGUGGAGGAUGGGGUAUGAUGCAGUGGGAGGCACCUGCUGAAGAAAAGACCAUCACACCUCCUGCUUCGUCAGAGGCCAUUACUACGCCUGUCACUCGCACUGUUGUAGAUGAAACCGAUAACUUUUUCAGUGCCUUCCUGUCUCCUGGAGAUACACAAACUGCGACCCAAAGUAAGGUUGUGUCAGUACCCCCUGCUAAGUCUCAAAGACGGCCUCAGGAGAAGGAGAAGACAAGUGAAACGGCUGUGCUUCAGGUCCAAACAGAUGCGCAGAGUGAAGGGCCAGUGGAAAAUGCUGACGCGAGUUCUGAGAACCAGAUAGUUGCUGAGAAGGAGCCCGAUGAGACCAAAUCAUCCCCUGCACCGUCUUGUGCUGACACUAUUCUCCUCCAUCCGGUUUCUCCCGUUUCUUCUCCCAGUGAUCUCCCUUUUAACCCUGACAGUAAACUGAGCUCUGGUGAGACAGACAAUGACUCUUCAGUUUCUGUGGAAUCGAAGACGGAGCAGCCAGACACAUCUGAACACCAACCAGAGGAUACCGCAAGUUCUCCUGAACCGUCUCCUCCUGACGCAAAGAGCUGUACCCCUUCAGAUCCCUCGCCCUCCACAUCCUCCAAGGAAGUACUUUCCGCUCAUAAAGACACGAAGGCGGAGGAUCGUCAAAACGACACACCCUCCCCUCCAGUUAGUGCUUUCUCCUCAGGAACCUCCACCACUAGUGACAUUGAAGUGCUUGACCAUGAAAGUGUGUUGAGCGAGAGCUCGGCCAGCUCUCGACAAGAAACGGGCGAGGGCAAAACCGGCCUUCAUUUGAUGCAGGGCUCCUUCCAGCUUCUCACCGCCUCCACCUGUGGAGAUUUCCCCCGACUCGAGGAUUACCCCAAACUCACGGAGAGCUGCGGUUCCUCCUCGGACGCGUUCGAGCGCAUCGACUCGUUCAGCGUGCAGUCGCUGGACAGCCGGAGCGUCAGCGAGGUCAACUCGGACGACGAGAUCCCUGGCAGUCAGACUCUGGCUUCCGUCACCGCCGCGGGCCCCGCCUCUUUGACGGCGUCGUGUCCGAAGCAGGAGGAUGUGGCGGCAGAGAAGGUGGGGGAAGAGGAGGAGGAGGAAGAUGAAGAGGAGGUCUACGUUGAGACGGCGAGGAAGCAGUCGCUGGAUGAGAUGGAGGAAAGCGGACGGAGUGCGACACCUGUGAACAGUGAGCAGCCUGAGGAGCUGGCCGAACUGGGAGAUGACGUCUCGCAGUUUGAUUCCACCUGUAAGGCUGAAGAAAGGAGUGCUCCACCAAUCACAGAAGAGAUGAAAAGUGUCUCAACUGUUCAGAUAUUAGAGUUUCAAAAGGUCAUUGAUGACUUGUCAAGUCGUCUUGAGAAAAGGGAGUCUCAGCUGCUGGCAGUGAGCAAAGACAAGGCCAAGUUGGAGGAGGAGUGCGACAACUUGAAGGACGAGUUAAUAAAUUUGAAGGAAGAGAGCUCCACUGUGCAGUCCUUAAAGGAUGAGUUCACACAACGCAUAGCAGAUACAGAAAGGAAGGCUCAGCUGGCCUGCAAGGAGCGAGACAUAGCCAAGAAGGAAAUAAAAGGAUUGCGAGAAGAGCUUUCUACGAGACUGAACUCCAGCGAUACAAUGGAGCUCAUCAGAGAUAAAGAAGAGCAGAUCAGAGGUUUGCUGGAAGAAGGUGAAAAGCUGUCAAAACAGCAGCUGCAGCAGAGUAACAUCAUCAAGAAACUGCGUGUGAAGGAGAAGGAGAGCGACGGAAAGAUCAUAAAACAGCAGAAGAAAAUCAAAGAGCAAGAGGAAGAGCUUAAGCACCUGCAGCUGGUUUUAGAUGGGAAGGAGGAGGUGGAGAAGCAGCACAGGGAGAACAUCAGGAAACUGAACUCCGUGGUGGAGCAGCAGGAGAAGGAGCUGAGCCGGCUGCAGGUGGACACGGACGAGCUGCAGGAGAAAAACCGAAGCCUUCAAGCUGCCCUCGACAACUCUUACAAGGAGCUGGCAGAGCUUCACAAGGUGAACGCCAGCAGAGCCAGCGAGGCCGAGGAGGCAGCUCUGAGCAGAGAAACUCAGGCCAAGGAGCUGUUGAGUGUCGCUCUGGAGAAGGCUCAGGAGGAGGCGAGGAUUCAGCAGGAGGCACUGGCCAACCAGGUGGCUGACCUGAGGCUUGCCCUGCAGAGGGCUGAGCAACAGCAGGCAAGAAAAGAAGAUUAUUUGCGGGAAGAGAUCAGUGAGCUUCAGCAGAGACUGCAGGAGGCAGAGACCAGGAACCAGGAGCUCAGCCAGAGUGUCACCUCCGCUACACGGCCAUUACUGAGACAAAUUGAGAACUUACAGGCCUCGCUGGGUGGACAAACUGCAUCCUGGGAAAAACUGGAGAAGUCCUUCUCUGACCGCCUCGCGGAGGCCCAGGUGCAGCUGGCUGUCGCCGUGGAGAAAGAGCGAUCAGCAACAGAGGAACUCUUAUCCAUCAAGUCUCAGCUGGCCUCUCUGGACUCCCAGAAUUCUUUGCUCCGCCAGGAAAAGGCCAGAGUUGUGGCACAGCUGGAGGCUGAAAAAAACAAGAGAGAGAAACUGGAGGAUGACAGCAGCAGAGAGCAUGCUGAGUUGAUAAAUCUGCGAGGAGAGCACAGUCGCAUGCAGGAAGAAACCAAAAAAGAAAAGCUGCUGUUGACCAACCAGCUUGAGAUGGAGAAGAUGAAGGUGGAGCAGGAGAAGAAGAAAUGCUACUUGGCACAAGAAGCACUAAAGGAAAAGGAGCGGAAGGCGUUGACACUCUCUGGCGAGCCCCCAGCAUCCUCCACCCCAUCCUUGUCCCGCUCGAGCUCCAUCAGCGGGGCUGAAAAUGCUGGGCUGCACACCUCUGUUCUGUCCCAGGAUGACUCUUUUGACCACUCAAUGGGAACAAUGACCAUGUCUAUGUCGAGUGGAACCAACCUGUAUGAGGCAGCCAGAUUGUCCGGAGGCUCCAGCAUCAUAGAGAACCUCCAGUCUCAGCUCAAACUGAGAGAAGGAGAAAUAGCUCAGCUGCAGCUCGAGAUUGCCAAUUUGGAGAGGAGUCGCUCUGUGAUGGCAGAGGAGCUAGUUCGACUCACAAACCAAAACGAUGAAAUGGAUGAGAAGGUGAAGGAAAUCCCCAAGCUGAAAGUUCAGCUCAAGGACCUGGAGCAGAGGCACAACACUAUUCUGCAGAUGUACGGAGAGAAGGCCGAAGAAGCAGAGGAACUGAGGCUGGACCUGGAGGAUGUAAAGAACAUGUAUAAAACACAGAUUGAUGAAUUGCUGAAGAAUCAGAAAUAAACUAGUUUUCACGCAGAAUUUAUUAUAUUUUUUCCCUUUUAAGACAUAAAUCAGUUGUUCUCCACAAUUGUGUUCACAGAAAGACUUGGGGCAAAAAUUUCAGAUUUAUUCACUGUGAGUAUUUUUGGAUCAUUGUAUUUUAUUUAAUUUUACUUUAUUAAACAUUUUAUUUAAGCAGAAAUGUUGACAUGAUAAAUCUAUUUAUAAGGGCAUGAGUGAAUCACUAUGAAGGAUGGUCAGUUUUUCCAUUAGCAUUUAAGUCUUAAGCACGGUUAACGAUCCAACCUUUGUGGCAUAGAGUGUAAAACUGUCUGACAGGGUGAAGGAUUUUAGCACUGUACAAAUUUAUUAUUUCCUAAUUUUCCAAACAGUUCAAGAAAUGUAUAUUUAAAGAAACUACUGUACAGAGUAAUGUUUGUAAUCUGAUCACAAUACAAAUCACAAAGUGUGGUGUGUAACUGAGAGUAGUUUGUCACUAAGGUCCUGACUGUUUAAUUUUAAACUGUAUACAAAUGAAUAAAUGUAUGUAGGUGGUGGAAAA